GUAGUUUAGAUAUCUCAUUCUUUGUACAGGCUUCCCCAUACGGGCACAACAUCGAACAGGCGACACAAAGCUAUACAUAUGUGUACAAUUUCGCGAUUCUAGACAGAGAUAGUUGGUAGAUUGGUGUAGUUUAGUCAGUGUUUAGUACUAGGCGGGAAGUUAGGAUAGCUGGUGAGUCACACUACGCAUCAUACAUAUGUGUUAUUUUGUGGCACAUGUGAAGAACCGAACGCAGGCAUUGGUUUCAUCGAUCGCAUUGCUGAUUAACUUUCCAGUCGAACUGGAAGCCUUGACGCGAACAAGUGCAAGGUUAUUAACUGACCCCAAGUGGGCGUGGUGGUGUUGGGCGGUGGGGCGCUACUCGUGCCAGCUCAUGGAGAACCCGAGUUAUGUGCAAAAAACACUGCUCAACUCGUUGGGAACACCCAAAAUUAGUUUUUUAUGCAGAAAUAGGGAAGGAGAACACACACACAAACACACGAAGGCGUACUGCGCCGUGUGGUUAGCAGAGGGAUUAUAGUGGAAAAGUGAAGAUUUCGACGGAUGCACACACAACACAUAACUAUAUUGGCACACUAUUUGUUAAUUACCAGCUCCGGCUUAAAUGGUUUUUUUUACUCUCGAACUCUACGGGCCAAAAUCCAGCAAAGUUGACGAAUAAAAGUGGAUACACACCCAAACUAGUGAUGUGCCGCGCGGCGAUAGUUCGGGCGCGUGAGCGCGCCAGCGGCCAUCGCUAAUAUUCGCGCAGAAAAACAUACAAUUCGUACCAUUUAUUAGUUCCAUGCGCUCUGCAAUAUGAUGGCCAAGGACAAGGGUCUGGCUGUGGCCGGAUCGGCGGCCCCCUUGCCGGCCGCCCUCGACCACGAGUGGUCCGCCGAGGAGGAGCUGCAGCUGUUCCACGCAAUGGAGGGCCUGCGCCCGGUGGGCAUCAACAAGCACUUCUACAUGUCCUGCAUUGUCCAGCGUCUGUCCAAGUCGCUGAAUCGUGAAAUGCCCAGCGAGCUGAUCUGGCGCCACCUGGGCACCAUGUACAAGCUGAAGGAACUGGACGAUCUGGAGUCGCUGCCCUUUCCCAACGAGGAGCGCGAGUUCAGCCUGCCGGAGCAGGAUUACGGAACGCUACAGACCAAAAAGACGGUGGAGGUGCAUGCCAACGAGGAGGCUGCAGAGGCACAGUCGGCGCCUCCAACAGCAGAGACCAAUGGCAAAGCUCCACCUGCAACCAAAGCGCCGGUACCGGCGAAUUCCGCCAAGGACGGCGACAAGAAGCCCGUCGCCAAGUCGCAGGAGCAGCUGCCCAAGCGUCCGGCCAAGCGCACACGCGGCUCCAUGUCCAACGAGUCCAUCAGCCCCUCCACCACGCCGCCGCCGGUGCAGAGCAACAAGCGCCGUCGCAUAUAGGUGGCCCCCGCCCGAAACUGACGAUUGUUGAUCCGUUUUAGCUCACUAGUUUUACUGUACUCUAAUAAAAGGAUUUAUUCUUCGAAA